GACUGUACAAUGUAUAAACAGUAUGCAGCUUCAGUAUUUUUAGUUUGGGCUAUAUUUUUGUUAAAAUAUUACAUCAAAUCUGCUACAAAUUACUAUACCAUUUUUUGUUGUGGUUUGAUACCCACUGAAGUGAUUGCUUUAUCAGUUUAUACAGAUGCAGUUCAACCUAAAUAAUAAAUCCGGCUUACUAAAUUUAGUACAUCUAGUAAUCUUUGACCAUGUGGGAUUCACUUUGCAGCAAAGCUUGGUAGGACUGACUGGUGUCUGGUGUUUUCCUAGCUCCACUAAAAAAAAAAAAAGAUCCAUUAGUUUAACAUUGUAACAUGGGUGAUAAUUACAACAAAGGCAGUAUUGCCAAGUAUAUUCUGAACUUGACAUCUAGUUGUAGUUAGCAGUAAAAAGAUCUGUGCCAAAUGCUGCAAUAGAAUGUGUGUAGUAUUCUAAGAGAGAUGUCAUAACCUGCAUUGAUACACAUAUACAUAAAAUACACAUUGAAAUAAUUUCUUUUUAUGAAAGUGUGGUAAUCUAGAGGUAGCAACUGAUAGAAAAAAGUGAAAUCAAAAAUAAAGCCACACUUACUAUUAUAUCUGAAUUUUAAAUACUUGCACUCAGUCUCUCUUGAUAGCAUCAGAAUUUUUCCAAGGAGGUGGAAGGAAAGUGUUUGCUGACUUCUAAAUGGGUUUGACUUAUUACAUAGUCUUUUCUGUGUAAUAAAAUUCAUCAUAUUCUAAGGAUCCCUUAACCAAGUGAAAGACAAUCCAAAACUUUGAAGUGAAAGAAAACAAAACAAAAUUUAAAAAGUUAACAAAACUAAAUCCAGAAACUAACAAAAAAAAAAAAUUAACCCAUUUUGUUGAUUAUGAGGCAAUCAUAGUUCUCAAAUGAGAAAAAAGGGAGGGAAGGAUCUUCUACUUACAUUCCUCUUCACCUUUCAUUCAUUACUCAUGAACUGUUCUUUUCAUUUACUUUUAUUAAAUCAUUAAGGAGAUUAAUUUCCGGACGAAGGGGGAACACAAGAGUGGAUCUAACAAACAGUGUGUAGUAGCUUGGUUAGAUGUUUUUGUGUCCAGACAGUAGUAAGUAAAAUCAAAAUGUUUUAAGACCUUAGCUGAGCCAGCAUCUAUCAGUCAACUUACUAAAAGGAAGUGUUUGGCUAGAAGAGUAGGAAUCCGAGUAUUACAUUAGAACUAAUUUUAACUAUAAAUUGUUGGAAAGGGACUUCAUGUUUUUGACUGAAUUUGGGCUAGUGUUGGUGGAGAGGUAGAUCACUUUGUGUCUGCCUACUCUAUGGCUUCCUUACACCUUGAAAAAAUAGCAGGGAGCACUGCUUUCUCCCAGAAAAUGAGUUUAGACUCAAUGGACCAGAGGUGCCAUCAAGUUCCUUCUGUCCCAGGCAGCCUUAUCUGAAAGUGACCUGUAACAUACUAGCUGGGGGCAAAUAGAAGAAAUAGCUGGAGUGCACAUUAUGACUAAGGUCCUGGGAAUGCUGUCCAUCCACCACAGUCCCUCAGCUCCUGGAAACCCUUGGAGUCUACAUUCUCUGGGGCCAUGUACUUAACAUCAGGUACACUUAAAACUAAUAAUUAGCUGACCCAAAUGGAUCAAAAGACAUACAUGAAUUAGGUUUCUAAUAAACCCUUGGUAAGUAACCUUAUAACAGGCUGAAAAACUUAACUAAACACUCAGGCUGUAAUAUUAGACAUUGUUAGCAGGCUUUGAUCAGACUAGGUAGAGAAGAUAAAUUCUGGUUUGCUUUAGAUUGAGGUAUGUAAUUAAAAUCUGUGAUUGAAUCUUGUAUUUGGGAUUGGUAAAUGCUUAAAUGAGCCUACCACAUUGGGACUAUAUAGUAACUGGGCUGGAGAGAGCAAGCUGCAAAGCACAAAAACACUGCCAGCUACUUCAGCAAACAGGAUGGAAAUGGAUCGAAAACUUCUUGCCACAGCUCAGCAGAUGCUUCAGGACAGCAAGACAAAAAUAGAAGUUAUAAGGAUGCAGAUUCUUCAGGCAGUCCAGACCAAUGAAUUGGCUUUUGAUAAUGCAAAACCUGUGAUAAGCCCUCUUGAACUCCGAAUGGAAGAAUUACGGCAUCAUUUUAGGAUAGAGUACGCUGUAGCAGAAGGUGCAAAAAAUGUGAUGAAAUUACUUGGAUCUGGGAAAGUUACCGACAGAAAGGCACUUUCAGAAGCGCAAGCAAGAUUUAAUGAAUCAAGCCAGAAGCUGGACCUCUUGAAGUAUUCACUGGAACAGAGAUUGAAUGAACUUCCUAAAAACCAUCCCAAAAGCAGUAUUAUUAUAGAAGAGCUUUCAUUAGUCUCCUCACCCACGUUAAGUCCUCGUCAGAGUGUAAUAUCUACUCAAAACCAGUACAGUACACUGUCCAAACCAGCAGCUUUAACAGGUACCCUGGAAGUGAGGCUCAUGGGCUGCCAGGAUAUAUUGGAGAAUGUCCCUGGUCGAUCAAAAGCCACAUCGAUUACAUUACCUGGUUGGAGUCCAAAUGAAGCCAGAUCAUCUUUCAUAAGCAGACCCAGUAAAAGUAAAAGUGGGAGUGGUAGAAACCUUCUGAAAACUGAUGACUUGUCCAAUGAAGUCUGUGCUGUACUGAAGCUGGAUAACACCGUGGUUGGUCAAACUAGCUGGAAACCGAUUUCCAAUCAGUCAUGGGAUCAGAAAUUUACACUGGAACUAGACAGGUCACGUGAAUUAGAAAUCUCAGUUUAUUGGCGUGACUGGAGAUCUUUGUGUGCAGUAAAGUUUCUGAGGUUGGAAGAUUUCCUGGAUAACCAACGGCAUGGCAUGUGUCUCUAUCUCGAACCCCAGGGCACUCUGUUUGCAGAGGUUACGUUUUUUAAUCCGGUUAUUGAAAGAAGACCAAAACUCCAGAGGCAGAAGAAAAUUUUUUCGAAACAGCAAGGCAAAACAUUUCUCCGAGCUCCUCAGAUGAAUAUUAAUAUUGCCACUUGGGGAAGGCUGGUAAGAAGAGCUAUUCCUACAGUGAAUCAUUCUGGCACCUUCAGCCCCCAAGCAGCAGUGCCUGCCACAGGGCAAGUGGUGGAUGCCCAACUCGCUGAACUGACCCUGCCAGCCGGUGACUCUCCUGUAGCCAAAUUGGACUUUGAACUUGAGCCUGAGCCUCCACCUGCUCCACCCCGUGCAUCUUCCCUUGUGGAAAUAUGUGAAUCUUCCUCUGAGAUAAAGGCUCCUGAUGUGCCUUCUCAGGAUGAAGUAACAACUUUCGAUUUUGAAAAUGGCAGAAAUAGUAUUGUUCCAAAACUCCAGCCUGAAAUAAUCUGUGAGUCUGAUGUUCCCCAUUCAGACAUGAAAUACACCAACACCAGAGAGCCUGAAGAUAGAAGAUCACAACAAAGAUUCCAGUUCAGUCUGAAGGAUUUCAGAUGCUGCGCUGUACUGGGCAGAGGACAUUUUGGAAAGGUGCUGUUGGCAGAAUACAAAAACACAAACGAGAUGUUUGCUAUUAAAGCCUUAAAGAAAGGAGAUAUUGUGGCUCGUGAUGAAGUGGACAGCUUGAUGUGUGAAAAGCGAAUAUUUGAAACUGUGAAUAGUGUAAGACAUCCCUUCUUGGUGAACCUUUUUGCUUGUUUCCAAACCAAAGAUCACGUGUGCUUUGUAAUGGAAUAUGCUGCUGGUGGGGACCUGAUGAUGCACAUUCACACUGAUGUCUUCUCUGAGCCCAGAGCAGUAUUUUAUGCUGCGUGUGUGGUUCUUGGACUUCAGUAUUUACAUGAGCACAAAAUAGUGUACAGAGAUUUGAAGUUGGAUAACUUAUUGCUGGACACAGAAGGCUUUGUGAAAAUUGCUGACUUUGGUCUUUGCAAAGAAGGAAUGGGAUUUGGAGACAGAACAAGCACGUUCUGUGGCACACCGGAAUUUCUGGCUCCAGAGGUGCUGACAGAAACCUCCUAUACAAGAGCUGUAGACUGGUGGGGUCUUGGUGUUCUUAUCUAUGAAAUGCUGGUGGGUGAGUCUCCCUUCCCUGGAGAUGAUGAAGAAGAGGUGUUUGACAGCAUUGUAAAUGAUGAAGUAAGAUAUCCACGAUUUCUGUCUACAGAAGCCAUCUCAAUAAUGAGACGGCUGCUACGAAGAAAUCCAGAGCGGCGUCUUGGGGCUGGAGAGAAAGAUGCUGAGGAUGUGAAAAAGCAUCACUUUUUCAGGCAAAUAGAUUGGCAUGCUUUACUGGCCAAGAAAGUCAAGCCUCCUUUCGUACCUACCAUUAGAGGAAGAGAAGAUGUCAGUAAUUUUGAUGAUGAAUUUACCUCUGAAGCACCUAUCCUCACUCCACCUCGGGAACCAAGGAUACUUUCAGAAGAAGAGCAGGAAAUGUUCAGAGAUUUUGAUUACAUUGCUGAUUGGUGUUAACUUCCACACACUGUGAAGCCCCAGCUGACUGGCUCACAAGAAUGCCUCUCUCUGAAGAAUACUGACCCUUCAAUUGCUUUCUGUGCCACCUGCAACUUCUGGGUUUUUUUAAAUCACAUGAAGAUCCUUUUAAGUACUGUUUUAACACUCUUUUGAAGAGUGGCCUCUUUGUAUAUUGUUUUUUAUCUGAGCACUGGAAAGCAGGUCUAUGGCGUUCCUAAGCCAAGUUGGUGAACCCAGGCUGUGUUGAACUUCCCGCACAUGGGCGCACGUGGAUCUGUACAGUUUCUCUCACUCUUCCACAGCAGAUAAUACCGCUUUUUAAAGUAUCUGCCUUACGUGGGAAAAGCAGACUUUGAGCUAGAUAAUCUCCACUCAGCCACACUGAAGUAAGUUGGGAUACCAGUGACACUCACACAGGACCUGGUUCUAGUCAGAGAAGGCAAAUGAUUUCAGCUAAAUAUUGUGCAGUCUUUAAAUCUACACAUUUUUACGUACACCUUCAUCUUGUGUUCUUAAAAUAAUGGUAUUGAGAACAGAUAUGCCUUGUUUUGUAAAUUUUCUAUGGUAUUUAUUAGGAAAAAUGUUAAACACCUUGCCUUUGAGAUAACAACUGUGUAAGUGCUUCCAUUACAAAGAAAAACCCAGAAAAAUCCGGAGAGUUUACCAAAGUCACUUGCCAAACAGUUUUGCCUUCAAGCUCCUUGAGCAUGGCUUAAGGCCCUGGUUGGGAUGAGGAAUGUAAGGAGGAAGCUGCUCAGUGUAACCCCAGAGCGGAGCAGCCGCAAGGCCCAGGCCCAGCCCCUUCCGUACUCACCUCGAGCCUUUCCCACAGCCCGAGGGGGCAGAGAAGUUCCCAGUCCGAUCUAACCCCCUCCAUCCUCCUCUGUCUGCUGUACAGUAUCAUAUCACUUAGGAAAAGCAAGCGUUUUCAAUGUAUACAUGCUGUGAACAUGUAUAUUUGGAAGUUGUAAUGUAUUCUUACCUCCAGGCAAGUAAUUUAACUGUACCACUUCAUGAAGUUGCGUAGUGGCCAAGUGAACAAAAAAAUGUAUCCAUGCAGGCCACUGAGCUCCAGCCCCUGGAUUGGCAGUUACUGAGGGUAAAAAGCAAUAUGUUGUAAUAGAAUGUAUAAAUAUUUUUGAUAAAAACAGUGUAUAUUUUAUAAACCCCUUAACACUAAAAGCUGUACCUCAAAAGUUGAAAAGUAAUUUAGACCAGACACUGUGUGUAUUUGUAAACCAAGACCUAUUUUUGGCAUCUGCUGUUCUGUUGGCAAACAUUGACUCUUGGAAAAUAAAUUUUCCACCUGGUCCUUACCUCUAGCACUAAUCAGCACUGUAACCUCACAGGUUCAUCCUGGCCGGGAGUUUGCUGUUCAUGGGCCGAGGCAAUGAGCAUCACACUCAAAUGAAUCAAAAACUGGUAAUUUUAUUAAUUCAAAGAAGAAAUGCAAACCACUGGAGUAUGCAAUGCUAAGGUGGUGGUUUAAAAUCAAGAUGCUGGACAGACCUGCAGGGUUAGGCAGGGGAGAGGCUUAAGGGAUAAAAAAAUAAAAUAAUUGUUACUAGGUCUAAAUCAGGCCAGUCCCCCACAGGAAUGGGGCAGGCACCUUCCCCACUGCUACAAAUCACGUUGGAAAGAGUGAGUCAACUCCUCAGCAUUCCUUGUUUCCAGGUUCUAUAUUGACUAAAAACAAAUUAUGUUCCUCUAUCUAGCUGAAACCAAUACUUUUGAGGUACAGUCAGCUCACCCUUUUUUGUUCCCAAAUAUAUAUAUACACAAGCAUCUCACUGGGUGCUUAAUACUUAUGAAAGUAUCCUCAAACAUACCUUUUUGUAACUACAUCUUGUACAGAAAUCUUUUUUUAAUCUAAGCAAAUCACUAAAAAAAAAAAAAAUUAGAAAAAAUUAGAGGGCAGGGUAUGUUCACCCAGUUAAGCUGAAAAAAGCACUAAUUUUAUCUCUGUAGUUUUUUAAAUAUUUUUAGGCAGAUUAAGAUUUAAACCCUAGAUUGUAAAUAUAUUUUGCUAUACUUUAUCUGUAUGUGGCUGCUCAAGCACUUUGUAAGGAAAUUAGGAUAUUUUAGAAUGGUACACUAUGCAUUAAAUGAAAUGUGCCUUUAACAAAUGUCAUUCUAAGUGUUUUGCAGUCAUUAAUAUCACAAAUUAAAGGUCUAAAUAGAGUAA